CUGACUUGAAAGUGGGACCAUUGCAGUUUGGAAAGUUCAAUACUAAAAAGAUAAAUAGACAAAAAAAAAAAGUCGUUGAAAACAUUACCAAAUAUCAAUAAUGUCCAACGAAAUGGCCCAUCGAAUGCGAGCUAUCAAGUGCCCCACGGACGAACUGUCCCUGACCAACAGGGUGAUUGUAAAUGCUGGCGACUUUACGGAUGAGGUCAAAUAUGUGGACAUUUCGCCCGGCCCUGGACUGCACUACAUAUUUGCCCUGCAAAAAGUUAGUGGGCAAGAGCUUCCAAGCGGCCACGUUGGAUUUUCGCUAGUGCAGAGAAAAUGGGCCACGCUCUCCAUUAACCAGGAGAUUGACGUCCGGCCGUAUCGCUUCGAUGCCAGUGCCGAUUUGAUCACCUUAGUAUCCUUCGAAACGGACUUCCUGCAGAAAAAGAUCACGACACAGGAUCCGUACGAUUCGGAUGAGAUGGCCAAGGAGUUCAUCAUGCAGUUCGCUGGCAUGCCACUGACAGUGGGCCAAACCCUUGUCUUCCAGUUCAAAGACAAAAAGUUCCUGGGACUUGCUGUGAAGACCCUGGAGGCUGUCGACCCCCGAACUGUGGGGGAUGGAGCUCCCAAAGCACGCAAUGUCCGUUUCGGGCGCAUCCUAGGAAACACGGUGGUGCAGUUCGAAAAGGCCGAAAACUCUGUUCUGAAUCUGCAAGGACGAUCGAAGGGAAAGAUCGUUCGCCAGUCGAUAAUUAAUCCGGAUUGGGACUUUGGAAAAAUGGGCAUUGGCGGUCUGGACAAGGAGUUCAAUGCCAUCUUCCGGCGCGCAUUUGCUUCGCGCGUUUUUCCGCCAGAGUUGGUUGAGCAACUGGGCAUCAAGCACGUAAAAGGAAUCCUCCUGUACGGUCCUCCCGGCACUGGAAAAACCUUGAUGGCUCGACAGAUUGGAACUAUGCUGAAUGCCCGCGAACCAAAGAUCGUUAAUGGACCACAGAUUCUAGACAAGUACGUGGGUGAGUCGGAGGCGAAUAUCCGUCGCCUUUUUGCAGAGGCCGAGGAGGAGGAGAAGCGCCUGGGACCAAACAGCGGUCUCCACAUAAUCAUCUUUGACGAAAUCGAUGCCAUUUGCAAGGCUCGUGGUUCGGUGGCCGGUAACAGUGGAGUCCAUGACACAGUAGUCAAUCAGCUACUGGCCAAGAUCGAUGGCGUGGAGCAGCUGAAUAACAUUUUGGUGAUCGGUAUGACCAACCGUAGAGACAUGAUCGAUGAGGCGCUUCUGCGUCCCGGUCGCCUGGAAGUUCAAAUGGAAAUUAGCUUGCCCAAUGAACAGGGACGCGUCCAGAUCCUAAGCAUUCACACGAAGCGUAUGCGGGACUUUAACAAGAUUGCUAGUGACGUGGACAACCAAGAGAUCGCAGCCAUAACGAAGAAUUUCAGCGGAGCUGAGCUAGAAGGAUUGGUCCGAGCGGCCCAAUCGACGGCUAUGAAUCGACUUAUCAAGGCUGAUUCCAAGGUUCAUGUGGAUCCGGAGGCCAUGGAAAAACUAAAGGUAACCCGCGCGGACUUCCUACACGCCCUAGAGAAUGAUAUCAAGCCAGCUUUCGGUGCAGCUCAAGAGAUGCUAGAAAAUAUGCUGGCCCGCGGUAUAAUCAACUGGGGUCCUCCAGUCGCAGGACUUCUGGAGGACGGUAUGCUCUCCGUGCAGCAAGCCAAGGCUGUCGAGGGCUCCGGUUUGGUAUCUGUACUUAUCGAGGGCGCUCCAAACUCGGGCAAAUCGGCGCUGGCCGCCAGAUUGGCCAAGAUGAGCGACUUCCCGUUUGUAAAGGUUUGCUCACCGGAGGACAUGGUGGGCUUCACAGAAUCUGCGAAGUGUCUGCACAUCAGAAAGAUCUUUGAUGACGCCUACCGCUCCACCCUCAGCUGCAUUGUUGUCGACAAUGUGGAGAGAUUACUCGACUAUGGUCCGAUUGGGCCACGGUACUCCAAUCUGACGUUGCAGGCCCUGCUGGUGCUGCUGAAAAAGCAACCGCCCAAAGGUCGUAAGCUGCUCAUUCUGUGUACAUCCAGCCGGCGAGAUGUGCUCGAAGAGAUGGAAAUGCUUCCGGCUUUCACCGCCGUUCUGCAUGUGUCCAAUUUGUCCAGUCCAGAGCAUGUACUCGCCGUGCUGGAUGAUUCUGAUCUUUUCAGUCCCGAAGAACUACAAACCGUCGCCAAGAAAAUGGCUGGCAAGCGAGUAUGGAUCGGCAUUAAGAAGCUACUGGCCCUGAUAGACAUGGUCCGUCAGUCUGAGCCGCAUCAGCGAGUCAUCAAGUUUCUCAGCAAAAUGGAGGAGGAGGGUGGUCUGGACUUGGUGGCCAGAUCCCACUAGCUACCGCCCCUUGCCGAGCUACGAUUAUCCCUCGUGGAGCUCCCAGACGCCUUUUAAGCUUCCACAUUCCAUCAGCAAAGGGUGGGUCGAUUUGCUAGAUUUUAUUUAAAUUUCA